AUGAAUUCACCUGAUGAAGAAUUGAAUAAGCAGCAAACACAAGAUAACAUUGGUGAAAAAACAAAAUAUAGUCAAGAGACACCAGUUGAUAAAACACAAACAGAUUUAAAUAAUAAUGUCGCUCGAUCGUCAAUAGAAUCCUUGCUUGGUUUUGUUACACCAAAAGAUGAUGCUAUUCACACCAAAGAAGAUAAAGUCGAAACAAAAUCAAAUUCAAGUAUACCCAUAAUUGGAGAUACACCCGUAAUUGAAGAGACACCCAUAAUUGGAGAACCAUCCAUCAUUGGAGAGAGGAAAGAAUCGAUUAUUAACGGAAAUACAUAUAUCACUUUUACUCCACAACCCAAUAAUACACAGAGUUCACAUAAUGUACAAAAUGUUCUCCAUUAUUAUCAUGCACCAUCGCCUGAACCUUCACAGUCACAGACCAUGACACCCAUCAGAUCAAUCUGUAGUGUUAUUUCACCUUUAUCUUCACAUACACCAACACCAACGCAACAACAUAUAUCACCGAGAUUACACACGACAGAACAAAAUUUAACAACAGAUAUGAACGUUUCACGACAAGAACCUCAUGCGAUCUCAUUUUAUCCUCAACAUAUGCAUAUGUCAAUUCAACCUACAGUUUCAAAUGCUUAUUCACAUAUCCAAUAUGAACACGCAACGCAUGCUACAACGACGAUGAAUCAACAACAUAUCUUACGUCAUCACCAACUUGGCCAAUCACCUGAAACACAAGUGACUCAACAGCCUCAAUCUAUUCUUCAACAUUUGUCAGUGCAGACAAAUUCACAUAGUAUACCUACACUUCAUUAUCCAAUCACGAAUCAACAAAUAAAAACUCAAGCUGUAUCAGAGGAAGAGCGCCACAGGCGACGUCUCGAACGUAAUCGAAUAGCAGCUCGACAAUGUCGAGAACGCAAAAAAGCUUAUGUCACAAAUUUGGAAACUCGAGUCACAAGACUUGAAGAAGAAAAUUCAAGAUUACGACAACAGCUUGGAAAUUUACAAACAAAAUUGAGUUAUUGUCCAGCUGAAGUUCAAGAAACUUUGAGACUGUAUUGCUUAGUUGAAGACUUGAAAGAGAGAUUAAGUAACGGGCAAACAAUAAAGACUGAUCCUAAAAUCGGUGGGACAUAG